AUGAGCGGCGUCUCGCACACAAUCGUGUCUGUAUUGGCUGUGCUGCUCGGCACCUUCGCGGCCCCGCAGCGGCUGCGGGUGCUGCGUCCUCUCUGCGAGCGGUGGAGGGUCGGCGUGCCGCACGCGGUUGCAGCGACGCGUGAGGAGGACGCCUGCCGCGUGGCGAUGGGGCGGCUGGCGGCGAAAAUGGGCCGCGUGAUGGAGAAAAGCGCCAAUAAAGCUUCACUUGAAAGCGAGCCGCGUAAAACGUCUAUGCCGCUCAUGUCCUUCUUUCGCGGUGACGAUGAGCUGCACGCACUCAACCCCGCUGUUGGGGGAGAUGAGAGCCUCGGGAGGCGUCAGCCACACAGCAGCUUCAGCCGGUCGUCAUUGUCCGCGAUGGAGGAACCGGUUGUCACCGUCCACGUUCGUCGGCGCGUGUAA